UGACACACAGCCUUGGAUACAGGGGUUGGAAAGUCAAGUAUCGUGUGGAGGUUUGUGGAGGAUAGUUUUGAUCCCAAUAUUAAUCCCACAAUUGGAGCAUCGUUUAUGACAAAGACUGUGCAGUACCAAAAUGAGCUUCACAAAUUCCUCAUCUGGGACACAGCAGGACAAGAAAGGUUUCGUGCCCUGGCUCCCAUGUACUACAGGGGCUCUGCUGCGGCUAUCAUUGUGUAUGACAUCACUAAAGAGGAAUCAUUCCAGACGUUGAAGAACUGGGUGAAGGAGCUUCGCCAGCACGGACCACCCAACAUAGUGGUGGCUAUCGCUGGCAACAAAUGCGAUCUCUCCGAUGCCAGAGAGGUGUCAGAGAAGGACGCCAAGGACUAUGCUGAUUCCAUUCAUGCCAUAUUUGUUGAAACCAGUGCCAAAAAUGCCAUUAACAUCAAUGAGGUCUUCAUUCAGAUAAGUCAAAGGAUCCCAGUUUUAGACGCGGAUGGCGGGUCUGCAGUCAAGGGCUUCAAACUUCGUGGACAGCCAUCAGAGUCGACCAGGGAACGCACUUGCUGUUGACACAGUCGUAAACAAUUUGGCCAGAUCCUCUCCAGCCUCUUGUUUUAUUUUCAAUUAGUAACCAAGGAUAAUAGCAGAUGAAGAAUGUGAUGUCAUAGGGCAAGUUACGUAACUUCCUUUUGGAGCCAAAAAAGAAGUUCAGUUAAAAAUGAAAUGUAUAGUCUGAAUCCUGAUGCACUUCCUUGAGAAAAGAUGAAAAUGCCCUCACACAGUCGUUGUAUCUUAUCUUGCCUGUUCUUCAGCCCCUGUUCAAAUGUCUUUGGGGAUCCAUUUCUGUUCUAGAUCACUACCUAGAAUCAGACAGCAAUGAAAACACCUGCUUAACAGAUCAGAUACUGUCCUGUCCUGCUCUCUUUCUCUCUCGUUCAUUCUCAUCUCUGUGCAAAAACCUCUGCAAAACUCUGUGAAGUUUCCUAGUGAAGCCGUUGUCUGUACAUUUUAAGAUUUUCAGCACUCCGAAUGCAAGCAACACAGCGUUCUUGUCUCACUAUUUUUGCACAUUUUUGAUGUAUAUGAUAAAAAAAAAGAAUGAUAAAAAAUAUAAAUGGGUGAAUCUCAUGAAAGCUGUCAUAUUCAUGUCUCAUUUGAGUUAAAUCAAGUGAAAAAAAUAUGAAAUUAUAUUUUGCAUAAAGUAAGGGUAAAGUCCAUUCUUAGGACUAAUAAGAUGUUUUUUUCAUUGUGUAACAGUUUAAAAUUAUUUUUACUGUAAAACAGUAAUUAAUAUAGCUGUAUUACAUUAAUCAUGAAUACAGAAAUACAGUAUGUAAAAGUGCUUAAUUGUCCUGAAAAUAAUGUAAAAAUAAAAAAAUAUGAAUGCUCCUAAAAGUAGACCUCAUUAUCUCUCCUUUUUUUCUUGUGAUUUUGAGGUUAAAAUGACACGGUCAUGUUUUUGUGAGAUUUACCCAAAUACAAAAUUACUAUUAUAAAUAUUAAUAUAUGGUUGUUAUUUCUGUUGCGGAGGACCAGACAUGAGGCUGUGUGCACUUCUGUCUUUCCUAUAUUUUGUAUAUGAAAAAAUAAAACUAAAGUCAGUGGCUAGCAGCCCUAUUUUGAGAUGAGUUUAUAAGUUAUAUAUGAAGAAUGUGCCAAAAAAAAAAUUUGUGACAUAGUAGGAGUUGGAUCUUGUAGUAACAGUUCAAUAGGUCAGUGAUGAUGAUGGCAGCAUGUGUGAGUUCAACAAAACCUUCUGCAUAUUUAAUCAGUUCGCAAGUCGAGAUAACAGUAGUAACACAUUCUUUGCUCCAAUUAGCCACAUUCUGGGUUGCCAGAUUCUUAGCUACAGAUCCAGCCUGUUCUUGGAUUAACAAGCAGAAUGGACUUUUAUGUUUGCUGGUAAAUGUCUGACCGUUGUUACCGCUUACAGUGCAUAAUUGUGGCGUUAGAGAAGUUCAGCCCUCACACUUUUGAGAUAAAGUUGGCCAGUCUUCUAAAAUGUU